AAAAAAUUAAUGUACUUUUAUUUUAAGGUAAGUCCAACUAAUUUAACAAAUACCACUCCGUCCAAUAAGGAAAAAAAAUCAGUGUGGGUUUAGGAUCCUUAUAGUGCGCUAACCUAUCCAAUAGGAAGUUAACUCCACAGAUACUCUGGAAUCUCUGUUAAACGUCCUAGUCAAACACCAACACUACUAUCAUUAUGGUACCUCCCUCUAUAUAUAUAUAUCCAUACACAUAUAUGUAUUAUUUGUGAUUUGAUUUGACGAUGAUAUAUGUAUCAUAAGUAGUUGCAGUAGUACUCUGUAUAACGACACUAUUUGGUAUCAGAGAACAAGAACAUCAUUCAUCAUCAAUUUUGAGCCACAUUCAUGGCUGAGAUACGCGAGGAGGGUCUGGCGGCGGCGGCCAUGGAGUCCUCCGAUGUCUGCCCGAUCAAACAAGUGGACAUGACGGUGCCCAAAACUGAUGAUCCCACCAUGCCCGUGCUCACUUUCAGAAUGUGGGUUUUGGGCAUCACUGCGUGUCUUGUUUUGUCCUUCGUCAAUCAGUUUUUCUGGUACCGGACGGAGCCAUUGACAAUCGGCUCCAUAUCGGCUCAGAUUGCGGUGGUGCCUCUCGGGCACUUGAUGGCGAGGACCAUUACGAAUCGGGUCUUCUUUCAGGGUAGCCGGUGGCAGUUCACGUUGAAUCCGGGACCUUUUAACAUCAAAGAACAUGUUUUGAUCACCAUUUUUGCGAAUUCGGGUGCUGGCACCGUUUAUGCAACUCACAUAUUGAGUGCUAUUAAACUCUUGUACAAGAGGAAGCUCACAUUUCUCCCUGCUUUUCUGGUUAUGCUCACCACCCAGGUGUUGGGUUUCGGCUGGGCUGGGCUUUUCCGAAAACAUCUGGUUGAGCCAGGAGAAAUGUGGUGGCCGGGGAAUCUGGUUCAAGUCUCAUUAUUCAGGGCUCUACAUGAAAAAGAGAAGAGACCCAGAGGUGGCAUGACUCGGACCCAAUUUUUCCUCAUAACCUUCCUUUGCAGCUUCGCUUACUACGCCUUUCCGGGCUAUCUUUUUACAUUGUUAACAUCUGUCUCCUGGAUUUGUUGGUUUGCUCCCAAGUCUGUCCUGGUGCAACAAUUAGGCUCGGGUACAAAUGGACUCGGAAUUGCCGCCUUAGGAUUUGACUGGACUACAAUUGCAUCAUACCUUGGGAGUCCACUAGCUAGCCCAUGGUUUGCCACUGCCAAUGUUGCCCUUGGAUUUUGCCUUGUCAUGUAUGUGAUGACACCCCUUACUUACUUUCUCAACUUCUACAACGCCAAAAACUUCCCCAUAUACUCUAACGAGCUUUUCAUGUCGAGUGGUUCGCAAUACAACAUUUCAAGCAUCAUUGAUUCCAACUUUCAUCUUGACGUGGAUGCUUAUACCAACUCUGGCCCAGUCUAUAUGAGCACCUUCUUUGCUAUGACAUAUGGUCUUGGAUUCGCCACGCUUUCUGCAACUCUUGUCCAUGUCCUCCUCUUUAAUGGAAGUGAUAUUUGGAAGCAAAGCAGGAAGGCCUUUGGUGGGAAUAAGAAGAUGGAUGUACACACUAGGCUUAUGAAGAAAUACGAACAAGUGCCCAUGUGGUGGUUUAUAAUAAUUCUCAUAGUGAACAUUGCCGCCAUUAUCUUUGCUUGCGAGUAUUACAAUGACACACUUCAGUUGCCUUGGUGGGGUGUGUUGCUAGCUUGCGCCAUUGCUCUUAUUUUCACCCUUCCAAUAGGGAUCAUCAAUGCCACCACGAACCAGCAACCAGGCUUGAACAUUAUCACGGAGUAUAUUAUAGGGUAUAUGUACCCAGAGCGACCUGUCGCCAACAUGUGCUUUAAGGUGUAUGGAUACAUCAGUAUGACUCAGGCUCUAACAUUUCUAUCUGACUUCAAGCUGGGACAUUACAUGAAGAUUCCUCCUAGGAUGAUGUUCAUGGCACAGGUGGUGGGAACACUUAUAGCAGUGGUAGUAUACCAGGCAACCGCAUGGUGGAUGAUGGGAGCCAUUCCCGACCUCUGUGAUACCUCGGUGUUGCCUCAUGACAGCCAGUGGAAGUGCCCCAUGGACCGUGUUUUCUACGAUGCCUCGGUUAUUUGGGGCCUGGUUGGGCCGCGCAGGAUCUUUGGAAACCUCGGUGCAUACUCGAAGGUGAACUGGUUCUUUAUGGGUGGAGCCGUUGCUCCUCUACUAGUGUGGUUGGCACACAAGACAUUCCCAAAGAUGCGAUGGAUUCGCCUCAUCCACAUGCCAGUCUUGUUGGGCGCCACAGCAAUGAUGCCCCCAGCUUCUGCCGUGAACUUCACCAGCUGGAUCAUCGUUGGGUUCCUGUCCGGCUUUGUCAUCUUCAGGUAUCGACCCGAGUGGUGGGAGCGCUACAAUUAUGUCCUUUCCGGUGGUUUUGAUGCCGGAACUGCCUUCAUGUCCGUGUUGUUAUUCUUUGCCCUGCAAUCGAAGAACAUUUCGCUUGAUUGGUGGGGAAGCAGCGAUCUAGGUGACCGCUGCGUGUUGGCUUCUUGUCCUACUGCCCCAGGCAUUUCAGUUGAUGGCUGCCCAGCAUUUCACUAAAAUCAUUAGUGGUCAAUCUCUCUGUAAGUAUAUCUAUCUGUAUACAUAUAAUUUUAUUUUUAUUUUUAUUUUUAUUUUAAUUUUAUGGAUUCUACUCUGCUGGUUUUAUGGAUAUGUAAUUGGUACACAUCUGGCUAGAAAUUUGUGUGGCCUUCCUGAAUUCAUUGUCUCUCAUAAUGAGAUUCUAAAUGCAUCAAACACUCUGGAGAUCAGAAGUGUCAGAAAAUAUCUAGUGGGUUCUUUUGCCCUGCCAUUGGAUUUUGGAAAUAUGUGUGUUGUGUUAUCAUUUGGAUGAGUGAUUUGUUUAACUGUUCACCUCUUG